GAUAGAUGACCUGGAGCAACAGGCCUAUCACAUGUCACAGUACUCAGGAGGUAAACGGCAAAAGUGCAACAGAAAAUGGCUGUUUGGAGAAACCUGACGAUGUGAAUUCAUACGUGAAUAUAUAAAGAACAUAAGAAAGAGGGACACUAAUCCAUGACUGGAGGCACUGGCCUGAAAAGGAUAUCACUCAUUUCACCUGUCACUAGGCUUCAUGCUCAGCAUCCUGGGGAAGCUAUGAGGAGUCUACUCUUACUAUCUGGACUAGCUCUUUUGGUCUUGUCGGAGGGGGCAGGACAUGGACCACACUACAAACGAAGGAGACAGAAGAGAGACUGGGUCAUCGCUCCAAAGACUCUGACUGAGAAUGAGGAUCAUAGAGUUCUACCAUUUGUAGCCAAAAUCCGAUCUGACCGGGAUGACGGCCUCCCUGUAUACUACUACCUGAAAGGGCCCGGGGCCGAUGAGAACCCAGUAAACCUAUUCAUGGUCACCAAAGAUGGCUUGGUCCGGAUCACAGGGAUUCUGGACCGCGAAGUGCAGGCGGAAUACAACAUGAUGGGUUAUGCAGCCUUCAAAAAGAAUAAUUCUCUGGCAGAGCCCCCCAUUGCCGUAUCAAUAAAGGUGGUGGACAUGAAUGACAACGCUCCUGAAUUUGAACCACUGCAGCCUGUCAGCAUCUAUGAGGAUAGCCCAGUAGGAUCAUUUGUGGCGCAACUGCAUGCAACAGAUGAGGAUGAGCCAGGAACAAACCACACCUUGAUUGCCUACAGUGUGCUGAAGCAGGAACCGGACGAUGGCGUAAUCCAUUUCGUUGCAGAUAAAGCCAGUGGCAAGAUUCACGUUGCAUCUGAACUAGACAGAGAGAAAAGCAGUUCCUACAUUCUGACUGUGCAGGCUGCAGACCUUGGAGGUAAGCCAGGCGGUCUGUCAGCAACAGCCACCAUGAGGGUCCACAUUUUGGAUGUCAAUGACAACAUCCCCACACUAGAAAAGGAUGAGUUUUCAGUGAGUAUUGAUGAAAAUGUGCAAGGCGAGGUAUUGCGCAUCAAAUCCUUCGAUGGUGACCUGGUAGGCUCAGAGAAUUGGCAAGCUGAGUAUCUCAUUGUGUCUGGAAAUGAGGACGAUUACUUCAGCAUUUACACCAAUACGAAGACCAAUGAGGGGGUGCUGAUGCUCAAUAAGCCUGUUGACUUUGAGGAAGUGCCCAACAUGAACCUGGGGAUUGUGGUGAUGAAUGCAGCACUCGAAGGAGCCAGGGAACCAAUAAAUGGUGGUGGAGGAGGAGGUGGAGCAGGAGGUCCUGGGGGCACAGGUGGUGCAGGAGGUCCUGGGGGCACAGGUGGAGCCGGAGGUCCUGGGGGCACAGGUGGAGCAGGACCUGGAGGGCCUGGAGGUGGAGGAGGUUCUGGAGGACCUGGAGGUGGAGGAGGAUCAGUAAGGCCUGGUGGUGGUGGACCUGGAGGUGGAGGAGGAUCAGUAAGGCCUGGUGGUGGUGGACCUGGAGGUGGAGGAGGUUCUGGAGGACCUGGUGGUGGUGGCGGAGGAGGAACCGGCGGGGUUCCAGGGGCCCCUGGAAAGCCUGAAGGACAAAGGCCCAAACGGCCUUUGAGCAUUAUUUCAAAGUAUAAAAAAUACCCGGUGAAGAUCAAUGUGAAAAACCAACCGGAUGGGCCAGUCUACCGACCAAAAACCAAGCCCAUUUCCCUACCAGAGGGCAACGGAAAACUCCCCAAACCCAAGGUCAUUGCCUCUUUUCCUGCCUCAGAUGGAGAUACAGGAGAACAGGCCACAAAUGUCAGAUAUGCAAAAGGUUACGACCCGGGAAACUGGUUCUCCAUUGAUGAACAGACGGCGGAGAUCACCCUCGUUAAGACUCCAGACCGGGAGUCUCCACAUGUAGUGAAUGGGACCUACAUAGCCAAGAUUCUUUGUUUGACAAAUGAUAUGCCAACCCAGACAGCCACUGGUACCAUUGAAGUGCAUGUGGACGAUGUAAAUGACAACUGCCCCCAUCUUGAGAGCUAUGUUCAGUUCCUAUGCAGUGACACCACGGUGGUAAACGUGACGGCAGAGGAUCCAGAUGGAGACCCAAACGGCCCCCCGUUGACGUUCACAUUGCUGGAGAGCGUGGGGGUGCACUGGAGGCUUGAGAGGACUGGAGAUGAUUCAGUAUCUCUCUGGGCUGAAGAUGGCAUUUGGCCUGGGUACUAUGACAUCACUUUCGAGGUGCGAGACCAACAGGGAUUGGCCUGUCCUCAACCGCAAGUCCUCCACUUGGAGGUGUGCACCUGUGACGAAGGUGUGACUUCCUGUAGGCCUAAUCCACAAGGGACGCAGGAGCUGACAGGGACAUCCGUCAAAAAGUCAUCCCAACUGGGGGGUGCUGCAAUAGGAGCACUACUCGUGGGCUUAGUUUCACUAUUGUUGAUCCCCCUGUUGGCUCUGUUCUGCACCUGCGGAGGAGUUGGAGACUUCACUGAGCUGCCCUUCGAUGCCAAGACUCAUCUCAUCUCGUACCACACGGAGGGAAAGGGAGAGGACAGGGAGGUUCCUCUGAUGAGUGUUCCGGUACAUAUCUCCAGAGAAGUUUCAGCUCCAGCCUUCGGAAACAUGGCAACCGCUACAACGACAAGCAGGCAGCUGCAGGAGAGCAUCUACAAUGACUAUGAUCCGCAAGACAUGGUGGACAUGGACUACAGUGCCCAUGGGGAGGUGCUCUCAUAUCUACAGGAGAUGAGGGAAAUGAGAGAGGAGGACCAGCUCACAUUUAUGGCACUACCAGACUCACUUCUGGACAACUACUUCUCACAGAAAGCUGAAUAUACAGCAGUGGAAUCUUACGAGAAGGAUACUCUGUUGGAGUACAGCUAUGAGGGACAUGGAUCUCCUGCAGGCUCUGUGGGUUGCUGUAGCCACCUCGGGGCUGAUGACGACCUCGAGUUUCUCGACGACCUAGGUUCAAAGUUCACCUACCUUGCCCAGGUCUGUGGAUACUCAAGAGAAAUAAGGCCAAAAGUGAACCAAGAGAUCGCACCUCCCACGACAGAGGUGGACAACAGUGUCACUGUGGCAACCAACGUUAAACAACAGAAACAGAGGAGCAUCAGCUUCGUGGAGGAACACAUUCCAGCCCCACUUCCCAGCAUGCAAAUGUGCGAAGCCGUUGCCAUGCCGACCGAGACUGUGCUGGUGCAGCAGCAGCCCAUGUACUACGUGGUGGAGCCGCAGCAGGUCCAGAGCACAGUGCUGCUGGCUGAGAGGCCCCAAGUGGGUCUGGGUCAGGGAAUGAUCCUGGUCAACGGGAGCCAGGCGGCCACAGAGGGGGUGCUGCUGCAGGGGGGAGGCCUGGUGCAGGGGGCCCAGGGGCUGGUGAUGGCCCAGGGUGGUCAGGGUUUGGUGUUGCAGCAGGGUGGGCAUGUUCAGGGUGGUCAGGGUUUGGUGUUGCAGCAGGGUGGGCACGUUCAGGGUGGUCAGGGUUUCGUGCUUCAGCAGGGUGGGCAUGUUCAGGGUGGUGAGGGGGUGCUGCUGCAGGGGGGAGGCCUGCUGCAGGGGGCCCAAGGGCUGGUGAUGGCCCAGGGUGGUCAGGGUUUGGUAUUGCAGCAGGGUGGGCAUGUUCAGGGUGGUCAGGGUUUGGUUAUAGCCCAGGCCGGCCAUGUUCAGGAGGCUCAGGGGUUCGUGAUGUCCCAGGGUGGGUAUAUUCAGGGGGGUCAGGGUUUGGUGUUGCAGGAGGGUGGUCAUAUUCAGGGGGCACAGGGGGUCAUUGUUCAGGACUCGGGUACUGCACGGACUAAACGAAAACAGAGUUUGGUUAUACCCCAGGAGGGGCACGUUCAGGGGGCUCUGGGGUUUGUGAUGUCCCAGGGUGGGUACAUUCAGGGGGGUCAGGGUUUGAUGUUACAGGAGGGUGGCCAUAUUCAGGGGGCACAGGGGGUCAUUGUUCAGGACUCGGGUACUGCACGGACUAAACGAAAACAGAGUUUGGUUAUACCCCAGGAGGGGAACGUUCAGGGGGCUCAGGGGUUUGUGAUGUCCCAGGGUGGGUACAUUCAGGGGGGUCAGGGUUUGAUGUUACAGGAGGGUGGCCAUAUUCAGGGGGCACAGGGGGUCAUUGUUCAGGACUCGGGUACUGCACGGACUAAACGAAAACAGAGUUUGGCGGGCGGGCUCGUUCAGGGGGAACAGGGGGUCAAAAUACAAAAUCAUCACCAUGCUCCUGGUUCCCCGGGGUCUACAGGCCUGUUUCUGGUAAACGGUGGCCAAGCAGCCAAAGUGGGAUUGGUCCAUCAUGGAGAUGGACUAGUACAGGGAGCACAGAUGGUGAUGGUGCAAGGGGACCAGCAGCAAGAACCGGGGUCUCCAGGCAUAUUUCUGAUGGAUGGAAGACCAGCAUUUAGCCCUGGGUCCCCUCUCUAGGAUGCAACCAAUACAAGCAUUACUAGUGGAUGGAGGUACAAGGCAGCGGAGGGAAAUCCAAGGAGCCAGUGGACAGUUUCUACGCGAAGAGCAUUUGGCAGAGGUCCAGACCUUACCCUUAAUGUCCAAUUCUGCAGGGAGAUGAGCCAUCCUCAUGAAUAGCUUCAUGUAGUGCUAGUGUUCGUGGGACAGAGGGCACUACAUCAGGAGCUUGAGGUUUUUCCGCUCACUGGUACUGACACUGCCACUACACUGGUAGUGACAGCUGGGAAGGACUGCGAAUAAGAGUGUUAUAUACUGUAUAUACUUAUACCACUGCUUGGUCAAAUUUCCUAUUGUGAUGCGCUAUUUGGAACGUGCAUUAUUUUUCGAUAUACAGCACGGCUAUGAAGUAGUUCCCUUCUUUUGGGCUUAUUGCACUUGAAUAUUAAUUCGGCAAUGUGAAUGUAACGGUAAAAACAGCAAUGUUGUAUCUAAGACAGUGGCAAUAUAAACGAAAAUGAUAGUAGCAGUGGUAUAAGCGGGAUAAUCAACUCCGCGCCGGUCCUUAUUACCACUUUGAACGUGCAUUCUUUUCCUAGAAACGCAUGGCGCGUCGUUGAUUAUCCCUUACAUGUUAAAUAUACAUUUAUAGGAAAAUAACGUUUCCAAAAUCAUUGUGAUGUUAUCUACUGGUGGAAGAUUUUGUGUCUUGCUUUAUGGCAUUCUGUGACAUAGCAUGUCGCUAGUGGUAGUAAGGUUGGGUACUCUCCUAGUAAGUGUUUCAUUUCAUUAUAAGUGUCAUUCUGUACAUUUUUAAAAUUUGGGAUUACUUUUUUUCAACUUUUGUGAAAUAGAUCGAUAGAAUAUUUUAAUAUUUCUUACUGUGCAAAAGAGAAUGUUUUUCAUUUUCAGUUACUUACAGUAUGUGCAGCAUGUGCAUACCCUCUCCUCUUUUGGUUGCCAUGUUUGUUUGUGGCGACUUUUCUCAAUGGCCAGUGUGUGGUCACUAAGUCUGUACCUACUCACUGCUUUUUGGAUCUGGGGGUCUUUUAUGAUUUACUGUAUAAGUAUCAAGCCAUUUUGUAUUCUCUUUCUAAUGAUCAAUGUAUUUCCAUUUCACUAUAAUUUGUAAUCAUAUUUUCCCAAUAAUGUACUUUUCUUUUUGUUGUGUCAUGUUUUUGGGGGAUGUAUUGUGUAUGUUAAAACUGAGAUUAAUGAUUAAAUGCCUGAGGGCACUUUUUGACAAUA